AUGAGCACCAAAUCGCAAACCUCGUCCUCGUCCGCGUCAGAACAAAAGGGCCACGAGUCGGAAUAUGCAGAAGAGAUUAAGAACCCUGGACUCGACGUUAUGUCACUUUCGCGCGCGGUCAGAGCAAGGAAAGCUGAGUACACGCGCCGGCGAUCUAUCCGAGUCAAGGUCGGCACGUGGAAUGUAGCCGGCAUCUCCGGCACCGAAAAAGACAUUGGUAGGUGGUUUGUUCAAGGAGACGGGGUGUGCGAGAGUUUCUCUGGGACAAACUACGCACGGGAUCCAGAAUCUCAAUCGUCCAGCAAGAAUGACCCGGACGGUGCCAAGAAAGGAACCUUUCGCUACAGCCCCGAAGAGAUAGACCUCUACGUCUUGGGUUUGCAAGAAGUGGUCGAUAUCUCUUCCCCAACGGAAGCGCUCCGACCGUACGUCGACUUAGCACCGUCCAAGCGUUGGAAGGAAGCGGUCCAAAAGGCGCUCCCUGGAGGAUAUCAGCUAGCCUCUGAAAUUCAGUUGGUCGGCUUGUUGCUUCUGAUAUAUACGUCGCCCGCCAUUGGAGACAGUAUAUCUUCUAUCAAUAAUACCUCUGUUGGUACCGGGCUGAUGGGGUACAUGGGAAACAAGGGCGCCGUGGCAACGCGCCUUGUCCUAGGCGAAACGACCCGUUUGGUCUUUAUCAACUGUCAUCUCGCAGCAGGGUCCGACAAAGGCAGUUUAGAGCGACGUAACUGGGACUCUUCUCAGAUUGCCCAACGUGCUAAAUUUGACUCGGUUUGGACCGAGGGUGACGAAUCGGCUGAAUCGGGCGAAGCAAUUGGAGAUGAAGAUUUCACUUUCUGGUUUGGUGACCUCAACUACCGCCUUGACGAUAUCUCUGGUGACGACGUGCGCCAAGUCCUCGCCCGACACACUGUCAAUGAGUACGACAAAGAGCGCCAAGCAAAGCAGUCGUCAAGCCAUUCGGAGGACUCUACGGCCGAUUCCGGUAAUGAGUGGCCUUCUUCUCCCCCCGAAGAAGAGGAGACGGGGUCAGCCACAGACCCUGUCACCGACGAAGAGAUCGAUCCUCAUAAUGACCCUGCAUCUCUUCAAACUACAAUUUCCUCGCUCCUCCCACAUGAUCAACUCGGACUUCAACGGAGAAAAGGCACAGCUUUCCAUAAGGGUUGGCGGGAAGGCCACAUCACAUUCUUGCCAACAUACAAAUAUGAUGUCGGAAGUGUAGCCAUGUUUGAUUCGAGUGAGAAGCAACGGGGUCCUAGCUGGUGUGAUCGGAUUCUCUUUCGCACUCACCGGGACAAGUUGAGACAUGAGAAGCUCGACGAGGAGGCGGAGGUGGCCCGAAAGAGGGACGAGGAGAUGAAGGCAAGCGGGCUGGACAAGGCUGUUGCCGAUGAUAACGUCUUGUUUGAAUAUGACCCUGAUGCAGAUGGUGCAAAUAGCGAAGAGUACGUAUCAGACGAGGAUCAAGCCGAUGACGAUGCAGUCACAAUUGCAUCGUUGGACUCUUCCCCCGAUCCAAUUCAUCUAGACCAAUAUGUGUCGCAUCAAGGCAUCCUUUCGUCGGACCACAAGCCUCUGGAUGCCAUCUUUACCUUGAGCUUUGAUGCGGUCAAUCGCGAGCUCAAGGCAAAAAUUCAUCAAGAAGUGGCCCGUGAAUUGGACAAGGCCGAGAACGAAGCUCGGCCCGAUCUUACUGUUGUGGUGGAUAAAUAUGGCGACCAAAAGCAUUCAAAGAAAGACCCUGAUGCCAUCGAAUUCGGCGAUAUUGCCUUUGAUGUGCCAGCUCAUCGGUCCCUAACCAUCGCCAACACCAGCGGGACCGUAGCCAGAUUUUCAUUUGCGGAGCGGCAUAAUGUCGACGACGAGACCAUUGCACCAGCACCCUCAUGGCUUGUUAUGCACAUCACCAAGUCUGGAGAAACCACCCAUGACACUGGCCAAGUGGUAACUUCUUCGUCUGAGAGCCACACUCUGCUCCCUGGGGAAGUAGCGAAUGUCGAUAUGACGGCUUACGUUCGCAGCAUCGAUCACGUUCGGUUGCUUAAUAUUGGAAAGGUCAAACUAGAAGACAUCCUGAUCCUUCAUGUCGAUGGCGGCCGUGACCACUUUGUCUCUGUUCACGGCCGUUGGCUACCCACCUGCUUCGGUUGCAGUAUUGACGAGUUGACUCGCAUGCCAGAAGCAGGUGCUCGAAGUUUGGUCGAAUCCGACACCCCUCACCCAUCCAGCACAGAUGGUUCCGCGGAAAUUCGCUUGUCCGCACCCCGUGAGCUUUUCCGACUAACUGAAGCCAUCUCCGAGUUGACAGAGCGGGCUGUUGCAGAAUGGAGCAUGACAAAUGGUGAAUCCAAGGAGCAUAAAGCCCCAUGGGCAACGGAUCUCUCUAGGGGAGCAUGGCCCUUCCAGCCUGAUACAUGGACUCUAAAGGACCCGCAGGCGCGUGCUGCGCUGCAAACUUCCGUGCGCGAAGCCCUUGACACCAACACGCCCCUUGGCUCAGUCUUUGCCCCUGAGCUAUCCUCUCUCCAUCGGUUAGAGGUCCUAUCUGAAACCCUUUUUACUUUCCUGAACGCCCUCAAAGACGGCGUCGUUACCGCGAAAGUAUGGCAAGACAUGGAGCAGCAGAUAAUCGCGCGCGAGAAAAGCAAAUCACCCCCCCGAAACUGGGAAGAAACCCAGGCCUGGGUACUUGAGCACUUGGCAUACUCACCAGCACACAGCGUAUCAUUCACGUUUGUCACUUUUAUGCUCGCCCGCAUCGCCAAUGAAGUGGCCCCAGUAACCUCCACUGCACCGAUGGCCCCAUUAUCCAGACAAGAGAAAAAUGGCGAGGCCAAAGAGCCGGCAGAUAAGCAACCUGAAACCGAAAGCCUGGAUCAAGCUCAAUCUCCUACUCCGGCUUCCGCUACUGCCUUCAUAACCAGCGGCAGUUUCCGCCGCAAGAACCGUCCCACGAACACAUCCACUAGCACGAGCCCUGACCCCACGAGUCAGAACCCUUCGAUAGCACGUCGACAAGCAGUCGAGACUGCUCUAGCAUCUAUACUUUCACUCGUCCUUAUUUCUGCUCCCCUGCCGCCUAAAGAGAAAGAGCGCCGUAUGUCUGAAGAACGGAGGCGAUCAAUCAUUGAACCAUUCUUAAAGAUGAUUGCGGUGGAUGAUCGAGGUCCAUCUGGGGGCCGGUCAUGA